GGGCUGGCCACUCUCAUGUGCUGCCUUUGAAGUAAUCAUCUCUGGGAGAUGUCUCGUCCGUUGGAGGCUAUGACUCGGAUACAGUACCAUGUGGGUGGUGGUGUAAGGCUGUGCGACCGGCCGUUUCACCCAUGCAGACCCUGUCCAGGGACAGUAUCUGUACUGUACGCGCAACUGCGUCACCUCAUAAGUAGGGUUCUCCGCACGAGGGCGACAGGGAAAGGCCGCAGAGUUAAAGUAUCGUAACGCACUCAAACGUUGCUAUUUUGAGACGGCAAAAGAGGCACGCUUAUGGCGGACGUCAGGGAAGCUUGCUAUGGUAUCUAUUUACGAAACUGGCUAUCCAUGCCGGUUGUUGAAGCGAUUCGAGUUACAAUAGAGGAAAAAGUGGCGAUAUGGGUGGUGGGCUUGACCGCCAUCCUAAAGAGUGGGGCGUGGCACGGAUACCAGUGGCAGGAGCUCUCGACCAGGCUCGACUCGUGGCGCGUCACCCUCACCAGCAUCCUAGUUGGUGCAUGCGUUUCGUUGUCGAUUGCUCUCGUGCUCCAAGAACGGAAGACCAAAAUUCCUCUAUUAGGGCGGAGAUGCGUUGGGGCGAAGAUUUACGUGCAUUGUCGGUUGCAAUACUAGGCGGCUAAACCCAGCCGUAACAGACGGCUAACAGCCGGUGCCACGAAAUGGGGUUGUCGAGGGGGAGGGUGGCCCUAUUGGUUGAUAGCCACCGGGCGCAAUAAAUAUGCGCACGCACACGCGCGUGCGCGCGUGUGUGUGUGUGGCUCGUUACCGACCGGAAUGACGGGCAGGUACGGCGCAAGAGUAAGACUGCUCGUCAGAUGUCCUCGACUAACAUUGUUGCUAUCAUAUGUCUGUCACAUGUUAGGUACUGAAUAACCUCGCUGCCUUAA